GAGUACUUCCCAGAGUGAACUCUUACUGCAAGCGCCAACAUGGCUGGCAAGAGUAAAAAAACCAAAUCCGCGGAACAAAAAGCCCGCACAGCAGCAAAGCAGUCGAAAAAGGCCGCGAAAGGCGAGAAAAAGAAAAGUGCCAAAGCAGCGGCUCUGAACGCCGACUCGGAUGGCGAUGAUGAUGGUGAUCUUGACGCGAUGUUAGCUGCCUACGCUGAAGAGCAGGCCAAGUACCUCAAAGUCACUGAACAGCCCUGUGGCCCACCUGGUCCUAGAUCGUCCAGCACAAUAGUUGCCUCGCCGUCCAACAGGAACGAGUUGUUUAUAUUCGGUGGCGAGUAUCAUGAUGGGAGCACUGCCUCCUUUUACAACGACCUGUUCGUAUACCUCAUCGAUAAAGGUGAGUGGCACCAGAUAGUCUCAGGAAACAGUCCCUUGCCCCGAAGCGGACAUGCAGCCUGCCGCGGCGGCAAUACUGGCGGAAUAUACAUCUCAGGGGGUGAAUUUUCCUCACCGAAACAGAACCAAUUCUAUCACUAUCACGACUUCUGGCAUUUGGACACUGAAACAAGGGAAUGGACCAAGCUCGAACCGAGGGGGAAGGGCAAAAGCCCACCUGCCAGAAGCGGUCACCGAAUGACAUACUUCAAGAACUAUAUUAUUCUUUUCGGUGGCUUCCAAGACACUUCGCAGCAGACCAAGUAUUUGAAUGAUACAUGGAUCUAUGACUGCAAGGAGAACACAUGGGAGGAAAUGAAACUAGGCCCCGCAGCUCCGAGACCCGACCCUCGCUCCUCGUUCAGCUUCCUACCCCACGAAUCCGGUGCUGUCUUGUACGGAGGCUACUCUCGCGUAAAGACUUCCACAGGCUCUGGAGGCGGAGGAAAGCAAGCCGGUAAGGGCAGCGGGAGCUCAGCCCCAGUGCGCAACAUCCUCAAACCGGUCGUGCACCAAGACACCUGGUUCCUCCGUAUCACUCCUCCGAGCCCAGAAGCCCCGAGCGGUACACCUCUGUCACUCCGCUGGGAACGGCGGAAGCGGCCGGCCAACGCACCAAACCCGCCUCGAGCAGGUGUAACGAUGUCCUUCCACAAAGGGCGCGGUAUCUUGUUUGGAGGCGUGCACGAUGUCGAAGACAGCGAGGAAGGCAUCGACAGCGAGUUCUUCAACGAACUGUUCAUCUGGAACAUUGAUCGAAAUCGAUUUUUCCCGCUGUCGCUGAGGAGGCCCAAGACUGGUGGGCCGAAAAAGCAACUCCAAAAUGCAGCUCGGGGGGGCCGUGAUCGUGGCAAAGCGGAUGAGGAAGAGCUACUCCGCAAUCUGGCAGCUCUGGAGACGAAGGGCUCAAUAUCAGCCGCGGCGGACAUCAACCUUGAUGUUAAGGAUGCAGAAGAGGCCGAGCCCGAGCCACCAAAACGGGUUUACCCUGUCCGAUUCGAAAUGCCGCAUCCUCGCUUCAACGCCCAGCUUGCUGUACAGGACGACACGCUAUAUAUCUUUGGAGGUACAUUGGAGAAGAAAGACGUGGAAAUCACCUUCUCAGACUUCUAUGCCGUUGACCUGGGCAAGCUCGACGGCGUGAAAGAGCUGCACUACGUCGAACCCAUCAACUGGAACGUGACCAUCCAAGAGAGUGACGAGGAGAUGGACGAUGACGACGACUACGAAGAAGGCGAAGACGACGAGGACGAAGGCAUGGACACAGACGAAGACCUCGAGAGCAGAGCCGACACCAUGUCCCUCGACUCGCGGCCCUUGGCGUCCACGGCCGCAACGACACCUAUGUCCCGGCCCUCUGAGCUCGAGACCGAACCCGAGACCCUGGCCUCGCUAGACCCCCGCCCGUUCCCACGGCCCUUCGAGUCCCUCCGGGACUUUUACGCCCGCACCUCGGAAGACUGGCAGCGGAUGCUCAUCGAGAAACAGUCGUAUGGCGGCAAAGCAGAGAUGGCGGCGCUGGCCGCCGAGCAGACGAUUAAAGAGUUGAGGAAGAAGGCGUUUGAGCAGGCCGAGGAGAGGUGGUGGGAUUGUCGCGAGGAGGUUGGAAGGCUGGAGGAUGAGCAGGAAGAGGCAGGCAUUGGUGAGAUUGUCAGUAUGGAGAGUCGGGGAGCUGAAGCAGGUGUGGGCAGGAGACGCUGAGAACAGCAGGACCGGUAGCGUUGUUUACGCAAUCCAGCGUUGAAUAUACCAAUUGACUG